GACAAACGUAAGCAAUUUUCUUUGGGAGACUUACCGCUGAAAUUGGGGAAACCAGGAAUCUCUCCCCUCCGAGAUCCCAAAUUCCCAAAUCCCUAAUUCCAAUUUCCGGAUCCAGAUCCCCUUUACUUCUUACCUAAAUUACAUUCAUCGAAAAUCUCCAAACAUAUUUACCUCUGAAAAUUGGAGGUCGUUCACGAACAAUUGAAUCCAGAAGAACAGCAAAACCAGUCAAAAAUGGGGGAUUUCUCGUUGAGGAAAUCGUUUUGUAUCUAUUUCUUCUUCGUAUUUCUGCUCUUCCAAUUUUCCUCGCUCCCUCAAAUUUCCGCGCAGGAAAAUGAAAGGUACGAGUCAAAUUCUGCAAUCAAGGAUCUGGGCCGCCGUGGUAAAAUACUUGUGGACAAAAUUAAAAGUGGUGUUGUCAAAGAGGAGAACGAUCUAGAUUCUGUUAACCUUCUUGUUGAUCUGGACUCUGGUCUUGGAGUCUUCGAUGCUUUCUUUGCAAGUUUAUCCAUGAUACUUGUCAGUGAGAUUGGAGAUGAAACUUUCAUAAUAGCGGCUCUCAUGGCAAUGCGUCAUCCUAAGUCAAUUGUUCUAUCAGGUGCUCUCAGUGCCUUGUUUGUGAUGACAAUACUUUCGACCGGUCUUGGGAGGAUCGUGCCGAAUUUGAUUUCAAGGAAGCACACAAAUAGCGCAGCUACAGUUCUCUAUGCCUUUUUUGGGCUCCGACUACUUUACAUUGCAUGGAAAUCAGAUUCAAAGGCUUCUCAGAAGAAAGAAAUAGAAGAAGUAGAAGAGAAACUUGAAGCUGGACAGGGGAAAACAAAAUUCAGACGUUUCUUUUCUAGAUUUUGUACACCAAUCUACUUAGAGUCAUUUAUCUUGACAUUUUUAGCAGAGUGGGGAGACCGCAGCCAGAUAGCUACAAUUGCUUUAGCAACACACAAAAAUGCUGUUGGAGUAGCUGUAGGAGCUAUAAUAGGACACACCGUUUGUACAUCUGUGGCAGUUAUUGGCGGAAGUAUGCUGGCAUCGAAGAUCUCACAGCGUACAGUCGCAACUGUCGGAGGGUUGCUUUUCCUCGGAUUUUCCGUUUCUUCGUACUUUUAUCCCCCAAUGUGAUCAUUUUAUUUUUUUGGGUAGAUUAACUCUAUAAUUUCACAUCUCAGUGUGUGUGUGUAUCCAAUCGACUUUAGAUUCUCCAGCUGACUAUAUAUGGAGCAGUAUAGAUUGAAAGCAUUUUUCAUACUUGUUUUUUUGUGGACAGUAUCAGAAUCCAUUGUUUAUUAAGAUUGCAAGGUACCUUGCAAUGUCGAUUAUUGUCCCGA